AUGUCGAGACUGGGCAAUCUGCUAUUCGUAGCAACACUGUUCGCAAGUGCUGCACAAGCAGCGACUAUAGAGCAUUGGUGGAAUAUCACGUAUACUCAAGCGAACCCUGAUGGUCUGCAAGAAAGAAGGGUGAUAGGUGUCAACAACUCAUGGCCUGUACCAAUGCUCACCGCUACUCAGGGUGACAUUCUGAUCAUGCACGUCACCAACGGUCUGGGUGACGAUACAAUUGGAACAUCAUUACACACUCAUGGAAUGUUCUUCAAUGGAUCAAAUUGGGCGGAUGGUGCUGUUGGAACUACCCAAUGUCCGAUUCCUAAUGGCCAAACCAUGGAUUACUUGAUUGAUACAACACUUCAAACUGGUACAUAUUGGAUUCACGGACAUCAUGAAGGUCAAAACACUGAUGGAUUACGAGCACCCUUUGUGAUUUCCCCUCAAAACGCUACUGGGCGAUCAGACGAUGUUAAAUGGGACGAAGAGUACACCCUUGUAGUGUCUGAUUGGUACCAUGAUGAAUACCCCGACAUGAUCAAGAACGAAUUCCUGACAUGGACCAAUCCGACUGGAGCUGAGCCCGUCCCAAAUUCCGCCGUAUGCUAUGUGGCGCAAAACGGUAGUUACUUGCACAGCAAUGAAGAUCUCUCAAAGGGAGUCGGAGUAAGCGAUGAUGCAACUAUCAAUUUCGAAGCUGGUAAAACAUACAAAAUCCACGUCGUCAAUAUGGGUACCUUGGGAAUGUUCUGGAUUAAGAUGGAUCAACACGUAAUGAAGAUCAUCGAGAUGGACGGUAUCGAACACGAACCUUAUGAAAUCGAUGUAUUGACUGUAUCAGUAGCUCAAAGAUAUUCUAUCAUCGUUGAAGCCCUCAAUACAACUGGAACAAAUUACGCAAUGAUGAUCAUGCAAGAUACCGAUAUGUACGAUGCUGUACCGGACGAUUUACAACUGAACAACACUAUCCAAAUCGUCUAUGAUUCAGGUGCUGCAAAAGGUGAAGCUGUGGAAGUUGGAAUCGAUGAUAUUCCAACCUUCAACGAUACUCAAUUAGUACCAGUACUCAAGAAUGAGCUUCUUCAUCCUGAUGUCGAAUUCGAAUUGAAUGCUUAUUUCGACACUUACGAUGAUGGUACCAACCGAGCUUCAUUCAACAACAUCACCUAUCAAAUGCCCAUGGUUCCUUCGAUGUUGACUGCCGCCUCAAUGGGUCAAGACGCUUAUGACGUUGCUGUAUACGGUGCUCAAACCAACGCUUUCGUUACAAAGCAUAUGCAAGUUGUCCAAUUGACUGUAUUCAAUUGGGACGCAGGAUUCCAUCCAUUCCAUUUCCACGGACAUGAGUUCCAAGUGGUACAUAAAUCAUUUGACGUAACUUCAGAUGAUCCAGUAAUUAAUCCACCCAUAAACGAAAAUCAAUCUAAUCCAGCCAGAAGAGAUACCAUCGUCAUCCCUCCUACUGGAAGUGUUACUCUAAGAUGGAGAGCCGAUAAUCCAGGUGCAUGGAUGUUCCAUUGCCAUAUCGAUUGGCAUUUAUCAUCUGGUUUGGCAGCGAUCUUCUUGGAAGCAGUAGAUGCUUUCCAAGCUACUAAUCAAACCACAAAUGCUACACCCCAACAAGUUUUAGAUCAAUGUGCUUAUUGGAAAACACCUACUUCAGGCAACAUUGUUGGAAAGUUUUCAACGACAGAUUUCAAGGGGCAACCCUAUGGUCCAUUCCCACUCAAGAUGGGAUGGACAUCAAAAGCUAUCGGUGCUUUGGCAGGAUGUAUCAUAACUGUUAUUUUGGGAAUAGCAACUAUCGUUUGGUACGCUUCAGGUGAACUUGAUGAAUCUGAGCUGGAAGAAGAAGUUAAAUAUAAGCUGGAUGCUAAAAAAGCUAAAACUCCUUUAUGGAAGAAAGUCUUACCAAACAAGGGGAAUUAA